AUGUACCAAUCCUCUUUUGGACUGAUGCGGCCUGAAACCGCCUACAUAGGUACCUACCUUAAGGUGCCUUACCUUGCCUUGUACCGACCUUACCUAGGUAAGGUAAGGUGUUGUUCAUCAGUCGUCCUCGCCGUUGCCUAUUUGCGCGCCCAUCAUCCACCCAUUUCUGUCGCUCUUGCGCUCCAGAGUCCACCUGUUGAGACGUCCCCAGCUGCCAAUGGGUUGCUUAGCAUCAGCCUUACUCUGAGCGCCUGUAUCAACGACGCUGCCUCCACCAACCAUAACCUCCACAACGAUCCCAAGGCCGAUGGCCAUAUCGUCGGCGCAGGCCAUCCUCGCAUGAACCAUCCAAGCGCCAAUCCCUCUUCUGCCACGAUGGAUCCAUCCGCCUUUAUGGGCAAUCCUGCCCAAUUUAAUCCCUCGCAAUUUGCCAGCGCCCAGCAGCAACAGCAGCAUCAGCAACAGCAGCAGCAGCUGGUCGCCAUGCAGAACGGACAACUGCGCAAUGCCUCUCCCUCUUUCCAGAACCCUGCCUAUCAAACCAAUCCCGUUGUUCCGUCAAAGCGACCUCGCCCUCGCGAAGACAGCCUUGCUGGGUCGCCGCGACAAAACCCAGGCAUGCUGCCGACUUCGCGCUCUGAUACUCCCCAGCAAUUUCCCGGGUACCAGUCUGGUGGCAUGCCGCAACAGCACCAACAGCAGAACCCUGGCCAGCCGCAGCCAUCGCCUUAUAACCAUCUGCAGCCAAAUGGUUCCGCUAAUGCGACGCCGUCGCCCAUUAUGGGCAGCAACAUGCGCCCUGGAAGCGUCCCACAGCGAGUCGCGACUGCGUCGCCGCAUCCCUUUUCUCCCAGCACUCAACAGCAAUUUGGGCCACAAGCAUCUCCGGUACCAUCCGAACACAGCAGCACACCACAACCAAACCCCUAUUUGCAGAACAUGCAGAAUAUGCCGCCUGGCUUCAAUCAGAACUUCACGCCAACACCUUCACCUGCGCGUCCUUCGCCGAACCCUACUGCUAUGACUGGAAUGAUGCAGCAGCAGCAACAUCAGCAGCAACAGCAACAACAGCAGCAGAUGGGCGGCCAGAUGCCGCAGCAGAUGGGACAGAUACCGAAUCAGAUCUUCAAGCGCAGGGAAACAUGCAGAACAUGCACCCCUGGCAUGCAGCAGAACAUACAAAUGGCAGCCCAAAUCCAGGCUCAAAACCUGUCUCAGGGAAGAGGCAUGGUCCCGAAGCAACAGAUGCAGCCCAUGCCUAAUGGACAGAUGCCGCAAGGGGGCACACGGCCUCAAUCACGACAGCCCAUGGGUCAGGAUCAGUUCAUGAAGAGCUUAUCCAAGUUCAUGCAUUCAAAAGGCUUACCCCUGGAGACAAAUGUCGUCAUUGGGAACCGGCCAGUUAAUUUAAUGCACCUUUUCCAGGCUGUUCAGAGUAAGGGUGGUUAUAAGUCCACCACUGCCUCCAACCAAUGGCCACAUGUAUCCAACGCUAUCGGAUUCCAUCCUGUUCAGAUACCGCAAGCGCCGUCCAUGCUCAAAGAUAUGUACGAAAGGAACAUCCUGCGGUUCGAAGAAUUUUGGACUGCUCAGCAGAACCAGCAGCGGAUGAUGCAGCAGCAGCAGGGUAGACAAACCCAACCGGCCCCUAGUGGCCAACCACAACCCUCGCCCGCGAAGCAAAUGUCGCCGCAAGCUCAGGUUUCGCAAGGCAUGAUGCAGGCUGGACAGCCGCAAGCCCCGCAGGCUCCGCAGCAGCCAGUAGCUCAGCAUCAGCAGCAGCAGCAUCAGCAACCGAACCCCCAGUCGCAACACCAACAGCAACAUGCGCAGCAACACCAACAGCAGCCGCAAGUUUCACAAUCACCACUGCCGCAACAGCAGCAGCCGCAGCAACAUACUCCGCAACUACAGCAACAACCUCAACAACCAAAACCACCCCACAUAAGCUCCAUGCAAGGUCAGGCGCAGCUCAAACAACCACCUUUCGUCGGCCCACAGGUCUCCCGAGAGGCGUUGAGCCGGUCAUCCCUUCUCUACCUACACAGUCCGACGCACUUGCUGGACCUUCGCGCUCUUCUGGCAAGACGAAUUUUGCCAAAGCUUGUGCGUCUUGCGGCUGCUUCAGAUGCAUACCCCUGUGAUGUUCGGCUCCCUCAGCCUGAUGCAUUUGGAGGCUUCAAGCUGGCCCAAGUCGAUAUAAAAGGCAUGAUGAUUGAACAGUUCAAGCCUGAUGUUCCAGGCGUAUGGGAGCUGGGCAUGGUCGAUCUCCAAGCCUUGACGCGCAGUAUCGAGUCGGGAAUUCAUGGUGAGGUGCGCAUGGCGCUCGACACGCUUGCUACCGUUACACAAACUCCACCGAAAGACUCAAAAGACCCCCUCUUUAUUCAGUUGAAGUCGUGUGAGGAGCUUGUUGAAGCACUUGUUGAAUGCGCCGAGGAGCAGCUGGAACAACUUGCAGAGAACACAGUCGAAGUAUCUGACGACAUACAGUUGGCGGCAUACGAAGACAUUGCGCGAGCCUGUUGGGUUGAUCGACUAAGCGUUCGCAAACUUCCCGAAUUUGCCACCCCGGAGUACGAGCUUGACAGAGCCGUAGACCGAUUGACGUGUAUUUUCACAAUCCUACGAAAUCUCUCAUUCGAACCAGAAGCUGAGCCUACGCGCACAUCCCCACAGCUGCCGUUUGGUCCGCAUCAUAAUCAUCAAGUCUUGGCAGACGAGUCUGUCAUUAAACUCGUCUGUGACAUGAUACGCUAUCUCGGCACCCGGAACAUGCUGCUUCGAACGCAUGCCAACACGUUGGAAUUCAUGAAGGACGCAAUUACUCUUUUAUCCAACAUUGCAGGUGCAGUGGAAAUUCCAGGGCGCGAGCAAGCGCUCUGCUUGCUGCAUUUCUUGCUUGCUUUCGCACCUGGACCAGGGCCAUCGAUCCGUGACGAUCGACUAUAUUUCCCCCCCUUCGAACCUGCUCUCCAACCAUAUCUCUUCCAUGCUGUCGACGCUCUAGCCAAGUUCCUCGCCCGCGAUGAGCCUAACCGUACAUUUUACAAGACUAUAUUCGCUCUGGACGCUGGAAGUACGACACCCUAUGAGCUUUUGACCAAGACGUUCGCUCUGGCGAUCUCAGUAGUUCCUAUUCAAUUAUCCGAGGGUCAACUGAACCGAGCGGUCAUGUCGCCUAAGCUGCGCAUUUCUAUCGAGAACCGCGCGCCAUUGCUCAUGCAGGGUCUGUUGGCUGCAGGGAUCCUGGCAUCUCUGGCACCAAGCUACGAGAGCGGUGUCGCCAGAGCCUGGCUAUCCAACGGGGAUGGCUUUGCAGAGGCGUUGUACUUCCUUGUCCAAGUCCUCAGUCAUCAGUACGAACAAUCCAGUGCCGGCCGUGACCAGGACUUUCCCUACAUAGUGGCACUCAGCGUGUCUCUCUUGCGAAAACUGGGCGAACGCGCCUUCGACCCAACCGAUCCUUCAGCACUCCCGGCCAACGCUCUGCCCUCAGCCGAAAGCGUUUUUGGCAUCAUGUCAAUGAAGUCAUCGGAAUGGGCACGGGACGGGAUUAUCCGGGACCUGACUGCGUAUGCCGACCUGCAUCGAUAAGCCAAGGUGUUAUGGACCAAUUAAUGUCUCCUACAUGGCGCAGCACUGGCACAGAUGGGGUUUGCGAAAGCCGAGGGCGAAACAGAAUUGGAGAAGAAGUAAAAAGGCGCGGGUGUACAUCAAUUGUGGUGCGAAUCAUACCUGGCUGACCCAGGUUGUAUCU